UUUCAGCUUUCUUCCUACCAUCUCCAAGAUUUCGGCAGCUUUUCUGCUUGCUUGUUAAACAGAAAGCAUGUUUCUUGCAAAGGCUAUACUGGAAGGGGCAGAUCGAGGUCUUGGAGAAGCUCUUGGAGGCCUUCUUGGAGGAGGUGGUCAGAGAAGAGGAGGAGGCAAUAUAGGAGGGAUUGUUGGAGGAAUUGUCAAUUUUAUCAGCGAGGCUGCAGCAGCUCAGUACACUCCAGAGCCGCCUCCCACCCAACAGCAUUUCACCAAUGUGGAGGCCUCCGAAAGCGAGGAAGUCAGGCGGUUUCGGCAGCACUUUGCACAGCUGGCUGGACCAGACAUGGAAGUAGGUGCCACUGACCUGAUGAAAAUUCUCAAUAAAGUCCUUUCUAAACAAAAGGACCUGAAGAGCGAAGGCUUCAGCCUUGACACGUGCAGGAGCAUCGUGUCUGUCAUGGACAACGACACGACAGGGAAGCUGGGCUUUGAGGAAUUUAAGUACCUGUGGAACAACAUCAAGAAAUGGCAGUGUGUUUUUAAGCAGUACGACAGGGACCGUUCUGGCUUUCUGAGAAGUUCUCAGCUGCAGGGGGCUCUGCAGGCAGCAGGCUUCCAGCUAAGUGAGCAGCUUUACCAAAUGAUCAUCCGCCGUUACGCCGACGAGGACGGAGGUAUGGAUUUUAACAACUUCAUCAGCUGCCUGGUCCGUCUGGAUGCCAUGUUCCGUGCUUUCAAGUCUCUGGACAGAGAUGCAGAUGGGCUGAUUCAGGUGUCCCUCCGCGAAUGGCUGCAGCUGACCAUGUACUCCUGAAGUGGACGCCCAGAACUGCUCACAGCCUUGUCAUGCCAGCACCCCAUCGGGCAGCUGUUGUUUCCUGGCAAGCCUUUUCAUUACCCUGUACAUCUCACUGCUUCAUUAAAACUUAAUUUGCUAUGGAAA